AUGGCAAGAACCAAGCAAACCGCCCGUAAGUCUACUGGAGGUAAAGCUCCGAGGAAGCAGCUCGCCACUAAAGCUGCCCGGAAGAGCGCUCCCGCCACCGGUGGCGUCAAGAAGCCUCAUCGCUACAGGCCAGGCACCGUGGCUCUGCGAGAAAUCCGCCGCUACCAGAAGUCCACUGAGCUGCUGAUCCGUAAACUGCCCUUCCAGCGUCUGGUGCGAGAAAUCGCCCAGGACUUCAAAACAGAUCUGCGCUUCCAAAGCUCUGCUGUCAUGGCCCUGCAGGAGGCCAGCGAGGCUUAUCUGGUCGGUCUGUUCGAAGACACCAACCUGUGCGCCAUCCACGCCAAGAGGGUCACCAUCAUGCCUAAAGACAUCCAGCUGGCCCGCCGCAUCCGUGGAGAGCGCGCUUAAACCAAUUUCUGACGCUUAAAAAAAACAAAACAACCAAAGGCUCUUUUAAGAGCCACAUCAAUGUGUCCAAAAAAGGUUAUUUUUCUUUAUGCGGUCUUAGACAUACUGUAAAUCCUGUACACAAUAUGAAGCAGUAAGUAGAUUUAUUAGUAAGCUGUUGUAAACAGCCCAUACAUAUAAAUGUUUU